GAGCCACUCCCUCCUGCAGCUUGCUCUGUCAUAGCGACAUCUCCAUCUUCUCUGCAGUGAGAUCAGCACAUAUCAGCGUCUGCAGCAGCUGGAAAAAACGACAAAAUGCGUGAGUGUAUUUCCAUUCAUGUGGGUCAAGCCGGUGUCCAGAUUGGCAAUGCCUGCUGGGAACUUUACUGCCUUGAGCAUGGGAUUCAGCCGGAUGGACAGAUGCCCAGUGAUAAGACCAUUGGUGGAGGGGAUGACUCCUUCAACACUUUUUUCAGUGAGACAGGAGCUGGCAAGCAUGUUCCCCGGGCAGUGUUUGUAGAUCUGGAGCCCACUGUGAUUGAUGAGGUUCGCACCGGAACUUACCGCCAGCUUUUCCACCCUGAGCAGCUGAUCACCGGAAAGGAGGAUGCAGCUAACAACUACGCUCGUGGCCAUUACACUAUCGGCAAAGAGAUCAUUGAUAUAGUUCUUGACAGGAUUCGCAAACUGGUAAGCCAUCUUUGUAAUCACAGUCAGCAUGUUUUCAUUCAACAUUUGUUUAGGCCUGACCAGUGCACUGGACUUCAGGGCUUCUUGGUGUUCCACAGCUUUGGAGGAGGAACUGGUUCUGGGUUCACCUCUUUACUGAUGGAGCGCCUUUCUGUUGAUUAUGGAAAGAAGUCCAAGCUUGAGUUCUCCAUCUACCCAGCUCCACAGGUGUCUACUGCUGUGGUGGAGCCCUACAACUCCAUUCUUACCACCCACACCACACUCGAGCACUCAGACUGCGCUUUCAUGGUCGACAAUGAGGCCAUCUAUGACAUCUGCCGUAGAAACCUUGAUAUUGAGCGUCCCACUUACACCAACCUUAACAGGUUGAUAGGUCAGAUCGUGUCCUCCAUUACUGCCUCCCUAAGGUUUGAUGGCGCCCUGAAUGUUGACUUAACUGAGUUUCAGACCAACUUGGUGCCGUAUCCACGUAUCCAUUUUCCUUUAGCAACUUACGCUCCUGUGAUCUCUGCUGAGAAAGCUUACCAUGAGCAGCUCUCAGUGGCUGAGAUCACUAAUGCUUGCUUUGAGCCGUCUAAUCAGAUGGUCAAAUGUGACCCACGUCACGGCAAGUACAUGGCUUGCUGUCUGUUGUACCGUGGUGAUGUUGUCCCUAAAGAUGUAAAUGCUGCUAUUGCCACCAUAAAGACCAAGCGCUCCAUCCAGUUUGUGGACUGGUGUCCAACUGGUUUCAAGGUCGGUAUUAACUACCAGCCCCCUACCGUUGUACCUGGAGGUGAUUUGGCUAAGGUGCAGCGAGCUGUGUGCAUGCUAAGCAACACCACUGCUAUUGCGGAGGCUUGGGCCAGACUUGAUCAUAAGUUCGAUCUGAUGUACGCUAAGCGUGCCUUUGUGCACUGGUACGUAGGUGAAGGUAUGGAAGAGGGAGAGUUCUCUGAGGCUAGAGAAGACAUGGCAGCCCUGGAGAAAGAUUACGAGGAGGUGGGUGUAGAUUCAGUCGAGGGAGAAGGAGAAGAGGAGGGAGAGGAGUAUUAGAAUUCCUUCGUUGUCAUGCAUUAUUCAGAAUGAAAAUGGAUAGCAGGUAGCCUUUAGACUGAAUAAUUUCACAAGCUUUAAAAACGGCAACAGACAUAAUGUUCUGCCUACUUGGUGUUAGCUUGAAUGUGUGUAAUUUGCUGACAAAUGUUACAACGAAAGCUAAUUGUGGAUAUUCUAUGUGCUUUUUUUGUUUGUUUACUUGUUUAAGGAACUCAAUAAAAACCUUAAAAUGUG